AUGAUGAACAAAUUAUUCAGACAAAGUCAUUUGGCAAAUACCCUAAGAACUAAAACAAUCUUUAGAAGGGAGUUCUCAACAGAAGUAAAGGAUGCAUUUAACAAUAUUCCUCAGGGAAUUAAAGAUCUUACUUCAAGAAAAAUCUACAAAACUCACAACCACCCAUUGAAUACACUAAUUACUAAAAUUGAGGAUUUCUUUUUGAACAAGAAAGUCAGUGACCUUUAAAUUCCAGGAGAAAAGUUCAAACUUUUCUAGGACUUUGACCCACUAGUUAAAGUGAAAGAAUGCUUUGAUGACUUAGGGAUUCCAGAAGACCAUGUAUCUAGAAGAGUCACAGAUACUUACUAUCAUAACAAAGAGAUAGUUUUAAGACCACAUACAUCGGUUCAUCAAAUCCCAUUAAUGAAACUACAAGGAAACAGUGCUUUUCUAGUUGUUGGAGAUGUUUAUCGUAAAGAUACUGUUGAUAAAACUCAUUACCCUGCUUUCCAUUAAAUGGAGGGUGUGAGAACUUAUUCAUUAAAGGAUAUUGGAGCUAAGGACAUCAAAGAAGCCAAGCUUAUUACUGAGAGAGAUUUAAAGUAAGUUCUUGAAAAUCUUGCUAGAAAUAUAUUUGGAGAUGUUGAAAUGAGAUGGGUUGACGCUUACUUCCCUUUUACUGAACCUUCAAUUGAGCUUGAGAUUUUCUAUAACAAUGAAUGGCUAGAGGUUUUAGGAUGCGGGGUUAUUCAUAACUAAGUAAUGGCGAGAGCUGGUAAGGACAUCAAUAAUGAAUGCGGCUGGGCUUUUGGCUUAGGUCUAGAGAGAUGGGCAAUGAAACUAUUUGAUAUCAAUGAUAUUAGAUUGUUUUGGAGUUAAGAUGAUAGGUUCAUUAAUCAAUUUAAGCAUGGUGAGAUCUCAAAAUUCAAGCCAUAUUCAAAGUAUCCAGCUUGCUAUAAAGAUAUUGCUUUUUGGGUACCUUCUCCUGUAUCUGAUGACACUUUCAAUGAGAAUGACUUCUUUUACCUAGUAAGAAGCAUCUCUUAAGAUAUGGCAGAAACUGUGGAACUCAUUGACACUUUCACCCAUCCAAAGAGUUAACGAGUCAGCAGAUGCUACCGUAUAAACUACAGAAAUAUGGACAGAUCACUUACCAAUGAAGAGGUAGAUGCACUUCAAGUCAAAAUUAGAGGACUUGUCGAAACAGAGCUUGGCUGUGAACUAAGAUGA